UUUGCCACGUGCAUUUCGUGUCCGGAAUCAUGCAUGCACAUGGUUAUUCCUUACAGCAUCGUUUACAGCUACAGGAGAGUGGAAAUACCAGUGUCUAGCCUUAGGAGACUAGUUAAUGAACGCUUUACAUUCUUGGAGGUGAAAACUAUGUGCCUGCAAAAAGUGAGGGAGCUCUCUGUGCUGACGGAACAAUCCAAGAGACAUUUACCCAAAAGCCAGUAAAAAGCCGGGCCGGCAGCAGUGUGCGCGUGCCCGCAUCAUUGUUACGGUUGUCACAAGUUCCUCAUUCCUCGUGUCAGCACAGACCGUCUUGAGAACACGAGCUUGCUCGUAAUGCGGUCGCAUUGAACUCGGGAGCUGGGGGACAGCUUUGGCAGCAUGUAAGCAAGCUUUUGCCAGGAGCCCAGGUCACCGCUGAGAAGGGGGCCUUAGGGAAAAGACUCUCCAGAAGAAGCCAAUGCCAGAUGCGUCUGGAAUUACACUCACCGCGGGCAGCAUGCGACACCCUGUGCCGGCGUCUGGGUCCUGCUGGCGAAGACUGUGGCUCUCCAGGUAGGAGGGUCCGGGGAGCAGUGAGCGCCUGGAGCCUCUCUAGAGGGAGAAUGGGGCCGGAUACGAACUCUCUACAGUGAACACGAUUUGCAGCUUAUGAAGGAGCUUUAAGUAAAACCCUUAUUUAAUUUCCAAAUACCCAAGUUCAGAAGCUUUCCGUGCAAAGUGCCAGCAUCACCCCCUCCACAGGAGUUAUCAGGACUUUUCUGGCACCAAGUUGAACUCUUCUUGGUACUUCUGGCAACGGCACAUCUGCAGAACAGAUUUAUCUACUAAAUGCUCUUGGGCAGGAGCAGCAAGUCAAAGCUCAGGAAGCAGCGGGAGGACAGCAGAGCAGAGACCCCUCCCUCGCUGCUCACUUUACGCAGGAGCCUGGCCUGGACUCAGAUGCUGUGCUGACGACACCCGCUGCCUCGCCAGCCUCCAGAGCUCAUCUUCCCUGGGGGGACGCUGCCUGGGGGCUGCCUCCCAGGGCUCGGUUCUACUCUCAUUCUACUCCAAGUCUUCCGUGAAGGCCACUGCUGCUGUGAACUCUGGAAUGGCGUUUGCUGUCCUUUGGGCACUUGCUUCCUUUCCCAGGCUGGUGCUGUCGGAAAGGACCAUCUGAAGGCCGUGUUUGUUCUUGGAGAGAAGGGCGCUGGCCUUGCCUGGAUCCCCCACCAUGUUCCUGCUGCUGCCUUUUGAUAGCCUGAUUGUCAACCUCCUGGGCAUCUCCCUGACUGUCCUCUUCACUCUCCUUCUCGUUUUCAUCAUAGUCCCAGCCAUUUUUGGAGUCUCCUUUGGUAUCCGAAAGCUCUACAUGAAAACUUUACUAAAAAUCUUCGCGUGGGCCACCUUGAGGAUGGAGAGAGGCGCCAAGGAGAAGAACCACCAGCUCUACAAGCCCUACACCAACGGAAUCAUUGCAAAAGAUCCCACUUCCCUGGAAGAAGAGAUCAAAGAGAUCCGCCGAAGUGGCAGCAGCAAGGCUCUGGAUAACACUCCCGAGUUCGAGCUCUCUGACAUUUUCUACUUCUGCCGGAAAGGAAUGGAGACCAUUAUGGAUGAUGAGGUGACAAAGAGGUUCUCAGCGGAGGAGCUGGAGUCCUGGAACCUGCUGAGCAGAACCAAUUAUAACUUCCAGUACAUCAGCCUUCGGCUCACGGUCCUGUGGGGGCUGGGAGUGCUGAUCCGGUAUUGCUUCCUUCUGCCGCUCAGGAUAGCGCUCGCCUUCACGGGCAUCAGCCUUCUGGUGGUGGGGACCACCGUGGUGGGGUACUUGCCCCACGGGAGGUUUAAGGAGUUCCUGAGUAAGCACGUCCACUUAAUGUGUUACCGGAUCUGCGUGCGAGCCCUGACGGCCAUCAUCACCUACCAUGACAGGAAAAAUAGACCCCGGAAUGGUGGCAUCUGUGUGGCCAAUCAUACCUCCCCCAUUGAUGUGAUCAUUUUGGCCAGCGAUGGCUACUAUGCCAUGGUGGGCCAAGUUCACGGGGGCCUCAUGGGUGUGAUUCAGAGAGCCAUGGUCAAGGCCUGUCCGCACGUCUGGUUUGAGCGGUCCGAAGUGAAAGAUCGCCACCUGGUGGCCAAGAGACUCACCGAACAUGUGCAAGAUAAAAGCAAGCUGCCUAUUCUCAUCUUCCCAGAGGGGACCUGCAUCAAUAACACGUCGGUGAUGAUGUUCAAAAAGGGAAGUUUUGAAAUUGGAGCCACAGUGUACCCAGUUGCUAUCAAGUACGACCCUCAGUUCGGCGACGCCUUCUGGAACAGCAGCAAGUACGGGAUGGUGGCCUACCUGCUGAGGAUGAUGACCAGCUGGGCCAUUGUCUGCAGCGUCUGGUACCUGCCUCCCAUGACCAGAGAGACAGAGGAAGAUGCCGUCCAGUUUGCAAACAGAGUGAAGUCCGCCAUCGCCCGGCAGGGAGGCCUCGUGGACCUGCUGUGGGACGGCGGGCUCAAGCGGGAGAAGGUGAAGGACGCGUUCAAGGAGGAGCAGCAGAAGCUCUACAGCAAGAUGAUCGUGGGCAGCCACGAGGACCGGAGCCGCUCCUGAGCCCGUGGCUGGAGCCCUGCAGCCCACAAGCGCCCACCGCGGCCGCUUCCCAGCACGAGGCUCCCGGGGCUGCUAUGGACCCUAGGCCCAGACCGUGCAGCCGCGGUGUCGCCGCCAGGACGCGCGGCCUUGUCUGCGCUGAGCCCGUUGGAGGGUGCUAUUAAAAUCGGCCUCCACCUGUACGUGUCAUGCAGGGCUGAGGGCCAGGACGUUGGGGUGCUCGCUGUCACAGACGCCCACGUGCCGGGGUGUUGCUGGGUAGCGCUGUGGCCCCUGGGGCCUGGGGCGGGCUGUAGCCUCAUCGCGCCGGCCUGGAGCUCUGCAGGUUUGUUAGGCUGGUCUGUGGGGCUUUCAGCAGAAAGUUUGUCAUUCUUGAGCUCCUGUUCAUGGCAGUCACCAGGGGACAGGAAGAGGACAGGCGAUGCUGACGAGCCGGUACUGAGAACCAAAUCAUUCGUGUUCAAACUCUGGGCUCACCCUGGACUCCUUUGUGAUGUGCUCUGUGUUGAGUGUGUGCCUCAGUUUCCCCAUCUGUGACAUGGAUCAGGAGGGGAAGGGUGUUGUGCCUACCUCACGGGUGGUGGGGACUGGCACCUCUGUGGAGCGGGACGGCAUGGUCAGUGUUAGCAGGGCAGGGCCAGGAAGUGGGGUCGGCGCGGCCUGAGCCCAGGGCUCUGCACCUGUUCUGUGAGUAAAUAAAACUGGCUGGUGAAUGAAUUGA